AAUUCAGCGAACGUUAUUAUAAUGGAAAAUUCAGUGUGACUCGAAAUGGCGUUCUCUUGGAGACAAAGAUUGCAUUACUGUCCUGAAUAGGAAGGAUAUUUCGCAGUUGCGCCAGUGUGGCUAACAUUACGUUACAUUGUACGCCGUUUCUGUUUCAGAUACUGGAUGUGAUCAUUGCAGAGGGUUUUGCAUUUUCGAACAUAUGGGGUGUGUCAUAUUAACGACGACUAAAAGAAACUGUUAGCUUGCCAGAGAAGGAUAUUUUGACAUAAUAUAUGCAUUGUUCCCCAAAACGAUGAUGUGUGCUGCUGCGGCAGCGGGAGCCGGUGGUGGGAUUCUGUCCUCCUCAUCCCCUUCAUUGGGGUUGGGUGUCAGGGUCAUCUCAGGAUUUGGGACUGAUUUUUCCUCGAUAGGACCGGGUAUGGGUUCAUGUCCCACUCCAGGGGCUCAGUCGGAUUGUCGGAGCCGGUACCAGCUUCUUCUCUCAGGGCGAGCUUUGGCGGAAAGGUACAGACGGAUAUACACGACUGCUAUCAACGACAAAGAACAAGGAAUAAACCAGGGAAGGGGAAAGAAAGCUUUGAAUAAGAAGAAGCUGAAAAGACGACAAAAAAUAAAAUCAAAAGUCAAAACAAGAACAAAGGCAGAGACUUUAGAUGGGGCCUUCCCCAUCCCUGACAUCAAGCUCCAUGGCAACCCUUCUGCUUUUAAUGUUUACUGCAAUGUUCGGCACUGCGUGCUGGACUGGCAACAGAAGGAGGCCUCCCUGGCCCUGGCCUCCCGCAACUCCGUGCAGAGCGGAGACUCCGACAGUGAGGAAGAGGAGGAGUACAGGGAGCCGGCGAUCAAGCUGCCCAAGAUCAUCGGCAUCGGUCUGUGCGGGGUGUUUGAGCUCAUAAAAGAGACGCGCUUCUCUCAUCCCUCACUGUGCUUACGGAGUCUGCAGGCUCUGCUGGACAUGCUACAGGGACAACAGCCCGAGAGCUUCCAGACUGAACCUCCGGACGUGCUGGAGUCCCUGUUCCAGCUGCUAUUGGAGACAACGGUGCGAAGCACGGGGGUGAAUGACCCCAGUGGACAGGCUCUGACAGCGCUGUCCUGUGCCUGCCUCUUCAGCCUGGUGGUGGCCUGGGGAGACACGGGCAAAACCCUGCAGGCCGUCUCAGCCAUCCUCACCAACAAUGGAAGCCACGCCUGCCAGACCAUCCAGGUACCGACCAUCCUGAACGCACUGCAGAGGAGCGUGCAGGCGGUUCUGGUGGGGAAGAUCCAGAUCCAGGACUGGUUCGGGAACGGUAUCAAACGGGCAGCGCUGAUGAAUAAGUGGGUGCUGAGAGAGGUCAGCAUGGAUGAGGAUGAACGCUGCCUGCUACAGAGCGACGGCUCUUUCCUCUACCUGCUCUGUAAGGACGGCCUGUACAAAGUGGGCUCGGGAUACAGCGGCACAGUGAGGGGCCAUGUGUAUAACUCCACGUCCCGCAUCAGGAAUCGCAAAGAAAAGAGGUCAUGGCUGGGAUUCGCUCAGGGCUCUCUGCUGUAUCGAGACAUGAAUAGUCACAGCAAGGCAGCCAUCAAAAUCAACCCAGAGACACUGGAGCAGGAGGGAACCAUCACCAUGCCCGGUCUACAGGCAGAUGGACAGAACAUCAUUUUCACUGACGGGGAAUACAUUAACCAGAUAGCUGCCUGCAAAGAUGAUGGCUUUGUGGUACGGAUUUACGCCACUAGCACAGACCCCAGCCUGCAGCAGGAGCUGCAGCUUAAACUUGCCAGGAAGUGUCUCCAUGCCUGUGGUAUCUCCCUAUUUGACCUUGAAAAAGAUCUGCAUAUCAUCAGUACUGGGUUUGAUGAGGAAGCGGCAUUGCUCGGAGCUGGCAGGGAGUUUGCUUUGAUGAAAACAGCCUCGGGGAAGAUCUAUUACACAGGAAAAUAUCAGAGCCUUGGUAUCAAACAGGGCGGUCCGUCGGCCGGGAAGUGGGUGGAACUUCCCAUCACAAAGUCUCCCAAGAUCGUGCAGUUCUCAGUGGGCCAUGACGGCUCCCAUGCCCUGCUUGUGGCAGAGGACGGCAGUGUCUUCUUCACAGGCUCUGCCAGCAAGGGCGAGGACGGGGAAUCCACAAAGAGUCGAAGACAACCAAAGCCCUACAAACCCAAAAAGAUGAUCAAACUGGAGACAAAGACGGCCGUCUACACGGCCUGUAACAAUGGCAGCAGCAGCAUAGUGACUAAAGAUGGAGAACUCUACAUGUUUGGCAAGGAUGCCAUUUACAGUGACAGCACCUGUCAGGUAUCAGAUCUGAAGGGGCACUUUGUAACUCAGGUAGCCAUGGGGAAGGCACACACUUGUGUCUUAACGAAGAGCGGUGAAGUGUGGACGUUUGGGGUGAACAACAAGGGCCAGUGUGGUAGAGACACAGGAUCCAUGAGCCAGGCAGGGAAAGCCUUUGGAGUGGAGAACAUGGCCACAGCCAUGGAUGAGGACUUGGAGGACGAAUUGGACGAAAAGGAAGAGAAGUCUAUGAUGUGCCAACCGGGCAUGCACAAAUGGAAACUGGACCAGUGCAUGGUGUGUACAGUGUGUGGGGACUGCACUGGUUACGGAGCCAGCUGCGUGAGCAGCGGACGACCUGAUAGAGUGCCCGGAGGAAUCUGUGGCUGUGGUUCGGGGGAGUCAGGCUGCUCAGCCUGCGGCUGCUGUAAGGCGUGUGCCCGGGAGCUGGACGGUCAGGAGGCCAGACAAAGGGGCAUAUUCGAUGCUGUGAAGGAGAUGAUACCACUAGACCUGCUCUUAGCUGUGCCUGUCCCUCCCCCUCCAGGCGUUAACAUAGAGGAGCACAUCCAGAUUCGACAGGAGGAGAAGAGACAGCGCAUCAACCGUCGCCACAGGCUGGAGGAGGGACGAGGCCCCAUUGUUUUCCCUGGUCCCCUUUUUAUGAACCAGCGUGAGCAGGCCCUAGCCAGACUAAGACCCCUUCAGGCAAUAAAGCUAAUGCGGGACAAACUCAAAGAUGGCAGCAGCGAGAGAGGGGAAAAAGAUGCCAGUAAAAUCACCACGUACCCUCCCGGGGCCGUUCGCUUCGACUGCGAGCUACGAGCUGUGCAGGUCAGCUGUGGCUUCCAUCACUCCGUGGUACUGAUGGAGAACGGAGACGUCUAUACCUUUGGCUACGGCCAGCACGGUCAGCUGGGACACGGUGACGUCAACUCCAGGGGGUCUCCCACUCUGGUGCAAGCUCUUCCGGGGCCCAGCAUUCAGGUGACGGCCGGCAGUAAUCACACUGCAGUUCUCCUUGUGGACGGCCAAGUGUUCACGUUUGGAAGCUUUUCGAAAGGACAGCUUGGCAGGCCAAUUUUGGAUAUGCCGUAUUGGAAUGCCAAGCCCUCGCCCAUGCCCAACAUCGGCGCCAAGUACGGCCGCAAAGCCACGUGGAUCGGCGCGAGCGGUGACCAGACCUUCCUGAGGAUCGAUGAAGCUCUAAUCAACUCCCACGUUCUAGCCACUUCGGAGAUUUUCGCCAGCAAACACAUCAUCGGGUUGGUGCCCACUUCUUUAUCUGAACCUCCUCCCUUCAAAUGUCUGCUGAUCAACAAAAUGGACGGGAGCUGUCGGACCUUCAACGACUCGGAGCAGGAGGACCUUCAAGGCUUCGGCCUGUGUCUGGACCCGGUGUAUGAUGUCAUCUGGAGGUUCUUGCCAGCUACGAGGGAGAUGUGGUGCUACAACGCGGUGAUUGCAGAUGCCCGCGUCCCCUCGGUGCCAGACCUCCAGUCACGCUGCAGUAUUCUCAGCCCCGAGUUGGCAUUGCCCUCGGGCUCCAAUGCCACCACCACCCGCUCUCAUGGAGCUCUGCACAUCCUGGGUUGUCUAGACACACUGGCAGCCAUGCAGGAGCUGAAGAUGGGUGUAGCCAGCACCGAGGAGGAAACUCAGGCGGUGCUUAAGGUCUAUUCCAAAGAGGACUACAGCGUGGUCAACCGCUUUGAGAGUCAUGGUGGAGGCUGGGGCUACUCCGCCCACUCGGUGGAGGCCAUCCGUUUCUGCGCCGACGCCGACAUCCUGCUGGGGGGUCUUGGCCUGUUUGGUGGUCGUGGCGAAUACACAGCAAAGAUCAAGCUGUUUGAACUGGGCCCUGAUGGGGGAGACCAUGAGACAGAUGGUGACCUGUUGGCUGAGACGGAUGUUCUGGCCUAUGACUGUGCUGCUCGGGAGAAGUACGCUAUGAUGUUUGAUGAACCCGUGCUGUUGCAGUCGGGCUGGUGGUAUGUGGCUUGGGCCCGAGUGUCUGGUCCCAGCAGUGACUGUGGCUCCCACGGGCAGGCAACCAUCACCACUGAUGAUGGUGUGGUUUUCCAAUUUAAGAGCUCCAAGAAAUCAAACAAUGGUACAGAUGUGAACGCAGGUCAAAUACCUCAGUUGUUGUACAGAUUACCAUCAAACGACGGAAACGCAGCCAAAGGCAAACAGCAGACGAGCGAGCCUGUUCACAUUCUCAAACGCUCUUUUGCCAGGACUGUAUCGGUGGAGUGUUUUGAGUCUCUGUUAAGUAUCUUGCACUGGAGCUGGACCACGCUGGUGUUGGGAGUGGAAGAGCUGCGUGGUCUGAAGGGUUUCCAGUACACGGCCACCUUACUAGACCUGGAACGCCUUCGCUUUGUGGGCACCUGUUGCUUGCGCUUGCUCCGAGUCUACAUCUGCGAGAUCUUCCCCAUUUCAGCCAGCACCAAGGCCGUGGUGGAGGAGUCCAGCAAACUGGCAGAGUGCGUUGGUAAAACACGCAGCCUCUUGAAGAAGAUCUUGUCAGAGGGCAUGGACAACUGCCUAACCAAGCUGGACAAUGAUCCUCAAGGUUAUCUAAGUCAGCCUCUGACUCUGCUGGAGGCUGUGCUGCAAGAGUGUCACAACACCUUCACCGCCUGCUUCCACUCUUUCUACCCUACACCUGCACUGCAGUGGGCCUGUCUCUGUGACUUACUCAACUGCCUCGACCAGGACAUCCAAGAGGCAAACUUCCGCACAUCCAGCAGCCGGCUGUUGGCUGCAGUGAUGUCGGCGCUGUGUAACACCUCGGUCAAACUGACCUCCAUCCUGCCCAUCGCCUAUGACGGAGAGGUGCUGCUACGCUCGCUGGUCAAGCAAGUCAGCACCGAGAACGACUCAGCCCUCGCUCACCGCUUCCCCUUGCUAGUGGCACACAUGGAGAAAUUAAGCCAUACUGAGGAGAAUCUGAUGGGCAUGACUAGUUUCCGGGAGGUUCUGGAGAAGAUGCUGGUGAUUGUGGUGUUGCCAGUCAGGAAAAGCUUGAGAAAAGAGGUGGAGCUGUUUUCUCCUCAUCUAGUGUCCAACACCUGUGGCCUGCUGGCCAGCAUCGUCAGUGAGCUCACUGCCUCAGCACUGGGCUCUGAGGUGGAUGGAUUGAACUCCCUGCAUUCUGUCAAGUCGACCCCAAACCGCUUCACAAAGACCAGUCAAGGCCGUAGCUGGAACACAGGCAACGGCUCCCCUGAUGCAAUCUGUUUCACUGUGGACAAGCCUGGUGUGGUUUUAGUUGGCUUCUGUGUCUAUGGGGGAGGAGGUAUCCAUGAGUACGAGCUGGAGGUGCUCGCUGAUGAUACAGAGCACCCUGGAGACUCAGCCCACUCCCACAGGUGGACGUCCCUGGAACUUGUGAAAGGCACCUACAGCACCGAUGACUCCCCCAGUGACAUUGCGGAGAUUAGGCUGGACAAAGCCGUGCCUCUUAAGGAGAGUGUGAAGUAUGCCGUGCGCCUGCGUAACUACGGCAGCCGCACAGCCAAUGGGGAUGGUGGGAUGACCACAGUGCAGUGCCCCGACGGCGUGACAUUCACCUUUAGUACUUGCAGCUUGAGCAGUAACGGCACCAACCAGACCAGAGGCCAGAUCCCACAGAUACUCUACUACAGGAGUGAAUAUGAUGGAGACCUCCAGUCCCAACUCCUCAGCAAAGCCAAUGAGGAGGAUAAGAACUGUAGCCGGGCUUUGUCCGUGGUCAGCGCUGUGGUCAGAGCUGCCAAAGAUUUGUUGCACAGGGCCUUUGCGGUGGAUGCCGAAGACAUUCCAGAGCUGCUGAGCUCCUCCAGUUUGUUCUCCAUGCUGCUCCCGCUCAUACUGGCCUACAUCGGCCCUGUGGCGGCCUCGGUGCCCAAGGCGGCAGUUGAGGUGUUUGGCUUGGUCCAGGACCUUCUCCCUGCUGUCUCGGCUCUGAACCAGAAGUAUGCCCCGCCUGCUUUCAACCCCAACCAAUCCACUGACAGCACUACUGGCAACCAGCCUGAACAGGGCCUAUCAGCCUGCACUACAUCCAACCAUUAUUCAGUCAUCGAGAGUGAUCACCCCUACAAGCAGGCUGGUGUCACCCAGUACAAGGUCUCCUUCCCUGACUGUGUCCGUUGGAUGACAAUAGAAUUUGACCCUCAGUGUGGCACAGCCCAGCCGGAGGAUGUGCUACGUCUGCUCAUCCCUAGCCGUUCUCUGAACUACUCCAGUCUGGGUUCGAAACCUCUGGCCCACGAAACCAUCAACUCCUGGACAGAGCUCAAGAAAUUCUCCGGCUCCAGUGGUUGGCCCACUGCUGUGCUGGUGCUUCCAGGAAAUGAAGCCCUCUUUUCCUUGGAGACUGCAUCAGAUUAUGUGAAAGAUGAGAAAGCCUGUUUUUAUGGGUUCAAAUGUGUGGCCGUGGGCUAUGAAUUCAACCCUGGCCCUGAUGAGGGCAUUAUUCAGCUGGAGAAGGAGCUAGCUUAUCUUGGGAGUGUGUGUGCUGCUGCUCUUAUGAAAAAGGACUUGGCUCUUCCCAUUGGGAAUGAGUUGGAGGAAGAUCUUGAGAUUCUUGAAGAGGCCUCACUCCAGGUGUGUAAGACUCACUCAGGGCUUCUGGGGAAGGGUCUGGCGCUCUCUCAUUCUCCCACCAUUAUGGAAGCUCUGGAGGGAAACCUGCCUCUUCACCUGCAGAGCAAUGAGCACUCCUUCUUGGAGGACUUCAUCACCUGUGUGCAGAACUCCAGCGGAGGCCGACUUGCAAGGUGGUUGCAGCCAGAUUCGUAUGCAGACCCCCAGAAAACCUCUCUCAUCCUGAACAAAGACGACAUCCGCUGUGGCUGGCCCACCACUGUGGUUGUUCAGACCAAAGACCAGUAUGGAGAUGUAGUACAUGUACCCAACAUGAAGGUGGAGGUGAAGGCCGUGCCAGUGUCUCAGAAGAAGUCCAUCCAGCAGGAGAACAUGAGGAAGUUACAACGCCUCCCUGGAAGCUCCGCCACCUCUGGAACUGACCUCACCUUUGGCGGCCUGCCCACGCCCAAACUGGAGGCCACUUACGAGCCCAUGAUAAUUAAAGAAGCCCGCUACAUCGCCAUCACCAUGAUGAAGGCAUAUGAGAACUACUCCUUUGAGGAGCUGCGGUUUGCUUCGCCUACUCCAAAGAGGCCCAGUGAAAACAUGCUCAUCCGUGCCAACACAGACGGCACAUACAGUGCCAACUGGACACCUGGAGCUGUUGGGCUCUACACUAUUCAUGUGACCAUAGAUGGCAUUGAGAUCGAUGCAGGCUUAGAGGUGGAGGUCAAAGACCCACCCAAAGGGAUGAUCCCCCCAGGCACACAGAUGGUGAAACCCAAAGCGGAGCCACAGCCAAGCAAGGUGCGCAAAUUUGUGGCCAAGGACAGCGCAGGGCUGCGCGUGCGUAGUCACCCCUCUCUGCAGAGCGAACAGAUAGGCAUAGUCCAAGUCAAUGGCACCAUCACUUUCAUUGAUGAGAUCCACAAUGAUGAUGGUGUGUGGCUCAGACUGAAUGAUGAGACAGUAAAGAAGUAUGUUCCCAACAUGAAUGGGUACACUGAAGCCUGGUGCCUCUCUUUUAACCAGCAUCUGGGCAGAAGCCUUCUGGUCCCUGUUGACGAGGCCAGGCCACACUCGGAUGAGUAUUUAAAGGAGGCCAAUGGCCGCCCGUCUCAUGAGGCGCCCAUGCGUGAGCACAAGAGGGCGGGCGGGGGUGGCGGACCAGGUCUUUAUAAGGUAGUGAAGACGGGACCCUCGGGUCACAACAUCAGAAGCUGCCCAAACCUUAGGGGUAUCCCCAUUGGAAUGUUAGUACUGGGGAACAAGGUCAAGGCGGUAGGCGAGGUGGUCAACCAGGAGGGGACAUGGGUGCAGCUGGAUAAGAACAGCGUGUUGGAGUUCUGUGAAAGCGAUGAGGGUGAAGCUUGGUCUCUGGCCAGAGACAGAGGGGGAAACCAGUACCUCCGACAUGAGGAAGAGCACGCUAUCCUAGAACAUGGAGCCCACACUCCUCCCCCCAGCCCAUUCUCAGUGCAGGCCUUCAGUAGGGCCAUGGGCAGCAAUGGGGCCCAGGGCUUUGAUUACGGCAUCUCCAACAACAAAGGUGAUAGAGGGAAUUUGGCAGGGCGAUCCAUAUCUCCAGCGACAAAGCACCGUCAGGAGAGCCGCUCGCCGAAACCUGAAGGUCGCAACAGUCGAGUUGGUGACGCCGCCAAAACCAAGACCAAUGACAGCCUUUCUGCCAGUGAGGCCCUUAUCCUGAAGUCAGAUACAGCUAAACUGCGCUCUGAUUCCCAUGGUCGCUCACACUCUCCAAACCACAACACCCUGCAGGCCUUGAAGGCUGACGGCAGGACCUCAGGCCUCAGGGCUGAGUCUCCUAACCCAGGCUCCCGUUCUUCCUCGCCCAAACAAAAGAGCCUCACCUCAGGCAGGUCCAGCCCCUCCAGCACCGGCUCCCCACGCUCUUCCUCUCCCCAAGACAAGAAUCUACCUCCCAAAGUCAGCCCUUCAUCAAAGGUCCAUCUGGACCCUCCACGGGAAAGGUCCAAAUCUGACUCCUACACCCUGGAUCCUGACACUUUGAGGAAGAAAAAAGUACCCCUCACAGAGCCUCUAAGGGGCAGGUCCACCUCGCCUAAACCAAAACUUCCUCCGAAAGAAGCAAAAGGGGGUAGCAGUAAUUCAGAAAACCGAGCUCCCUCUCCCCAUGUGAUUGAGGAAAACCUCCACAUUGAAGUGGUGGAGGUGUGCACCUCCAGUGCCCUGCUCACCAACGAUGGAGGCAAUGAUGAAAAUGCUGAGCUGCGCAAUGCUGAGGAGGGCUCCUCCAAAGUACACUUUAGCAUCGGUAAGGCCCCAGUCAAAGAGGAGCUGGAAAGCCGCUCCUCGCCCAAAGUGAGCCGCAAGACGUCUAGCAGGCACGUGCGGCCAAAGAAAGAUAAAUCGGGGCCGCUCUUCAAAGGUGAGAGCAUGCGGCUCACUGAGCCUGCCAAACAGGCCAUGUCACCCUCAGUAGCGGAGUGUGCCCGCGCUGUCUUCGCAGCCUUCCUUUGGCAUGAGGGUAUAGUGCAUGAUGCUAUGGCCUGCUCCUCCUUCCUUAAGUUCAACCCAGAGUUGACCAAAGAGCACGCCCCCAUCCGCAGCUCGCUCAGCUGCCAACAGGGUCUGGAAGAGAAGGAAAGCAAGCUGAAGAAUCGCCACUCGCUGGAGAUCUCCUCAGCCCUCAACAUGUUCAACAUCUCGCCCCAUGGGCCUGACAUCUCCAAGAUGGGCAGCAUCAACAAGAAUAAAGUGCUCUCCAUGCUGAAAGAACCACCGCUGCCAGAGAAGUGUGAAGACGGCAAAGGAGAUGCCGUCUCCUACGAGAUGACCAGUCAAUCCUCAAUGAGGUCCAAGUCCAUCCUGCCCCUCACACUCCAGCACUUGGUGGCUUUCUGGGAGGAUAUCUCUAUGGCAACCAUUAAAGCAGCCACACAGAACAUGAUCUUCCCCAGUCCAGGGUCCAGUGCUAUUCUCAAGAAGAAAGAGAGUGAGAAGGACAGCAAGAAAGCCAAGAAGGAGAAAAAGAAGAAGGAGAAGGCAGAGGUGCGACCACGGGGAAAUUUGUUCGGGGAGAUGGCACAGUUGGCCAUGGGAGGCCCAGAGAAGGACACCAUCUGUGAGCUGUGUGGGGAGUCUCAUCCAUAUCCCGUCACCUACCACAUGAGGCAAGCCCAUCCAGGCUGUGGCCGUUAUGCUGGCGGUCAGGGCUAUAACAGCAUCGGACACUUCUGUGGAGGAUGGGCAGGUAAUUGUGGUGAUGGAGGUAUAGGAGGAAGCACCUGGUACCUGGUAUGUGACCGAUGCAGGGAGAAGUAUCUGAGAGAGAAACAAACAGCUGCUAGGGAGAAGGUGAAACAGUCCAGAAAGAAACCCUUGCAGGUGAAAACGCCACGGGCACUGCCUACCAUGGAAGCUCACCAGGUGAUCCGUGCCAAUGCCCUGUUCCUGUUGUCCCUGAGCAGUGCUGCUGAGCCCAGCAUGCUGUGCCACCACCCGCCCAAGCCAGUUCAUGCCCAUCUCCCCAGUCUAAAAGAAGGGGUGUCUGAGGAGUUGCCAAACAAGAUUGGCUGCCUCUACUUACAGACCUUGGCUCGGCAACACACAGAGAACUUUGGGCCCUACCAGGAUGAUAACCUGUUUCAGGAUGAGAUGCGUUACCUGAGGUCAACUUCUGUUCCGGCUCCCUAUAUAUCAGUCACCCCAGAUGCCUGUCCCAAUGUUUUUGAGGAACCUGAGAGCAACAUGAAGUCCAUGCCCCCCAGUUUGGAGACCAGCCCCAUCACGGACAGCGACACAGCCAAGCGGACAGUGUUCCAGCGCUCAUACUCAGUGGUGGCCUCUGAAUAUGACAAGCAGCACUCUGCCUCUCCAGCAAGAGUGAAGGCUGUGCCCAGGCGACGUGUCCACAGUGGGGACGCUGAAGUAGGCUCGUCUCUUCUCCGCCACCCAUCUCCAGAGCUGUCCCGUCUGAUCUCUGCCCAUGGCUCUCUCAGUAAGGGUGAAAGAAACUUCCAGUGGCCAGUUCUGGCCUUUGUCAUUCAGCAUCAUGACCUGGAGGGUCUGGAGGUGGCUAUGAAACAUGCGCUACGCAAGUCAGCUUGCAGGGUCUUUGCAAUGGAGGCUUUUAACUGGCUGCUCUGCAAUGUAAUUCAGACCACCUGCCUCCAUGACAUCCUGUGGCACUUUGUGGCCUCUCUGACCCCAUCUCCCUUUGAGCCUGAGGAAGAGGAAGAUGAAGAACACAAAGGAAAUAAGGAGAAUGUAGAGCAGGAGAAGGAUUUUGGUGUAUGUGAGCACCCUCUUUCUGACAUUGUCAUUGCUGGUGAGGCUGCUCACCCUCUCCCUCACACCUUCCACCGUCUGCUCCAAACCAUCUCUGACCUCAUGAUGUCCCUGCCCAGUGGCAGCUCUCUCCAGCAGAUGGCUCUGAGGUGUUGGAGCCUUAAGUUCAAACAGUCAGAUCACCAGUUCCUACAUCAGAGUAACGUCUUUCACCACAUUAACAACAUCCUGUCCAAGUCAGAUGAUGGGGACAGUGAGGAGAGCUUUAACAUCAGUGUGCAGUCGGGAUAUGAAGCCAUUAAUCAGGAGCUGUGUUUGGUGACCUGCCUGAAGGAUCUGACUAGUGUGAUGGACAUAAAAACAUCCAGCAGGCCAGCAAUGAUUGGCAGCCUGACUGACGGCUCUACAGAGACGUUCUGGGAGUCAGGGGAUGAGGACAAAAACAAAACCAAGAGCAUCACUAUUAGCUGUGUGAAAGGCAUCAACGCAUCUUAUGUGUCUGUGCAUGUGGACAACUCCCGGGACAUUGGAAACAAAGUGACAUCCAUUACGUUCCUCUGUGGAAAGGCUUUGGAAGACCUCUGCAGAAUUAAACAGGUUGACCUGGACUCAAGACACAUGGGUUGGGUGACCAGUGAGUUGCCUGGAGGGGACCACCACGUGGUUAAGAUCGAGCUGAAGGGACCAGAAAACACUCUGCGGGUACGGCAGGUCAAAGUGCUGGGCUGGAAGGAAGGCGAGAGCAUCAAGAUCGCCGGACAGAUCUCAGCCAGCGUGGCCCAGCAGAAGAACUGUGAGGCCGAGACUCUGCGUGUGUUCCGCCUCAUCACCUCACAGGUGUUUGGGAAGCUGAUUUGUGGGGAUGCUGAGCCCACUCCAGAGCAGGAGGAGAAGAAUCUGCUGUCCUCUCCAGAGGGUGAGGACAAGGUCAGUAUUGCUCCAUCAGAUGCAGAUUUGAAGGAGCACAUGGUUGGCAUCAUAUUCAGCAGGAGCAAACUGACCAACUUACAGAAACAGGUAUGCGCCCACAUCGUCCAAGCAAUUCGUAUGGAGGCUACGCGUGUGCGUGAGGAAUGGGAGCACGCCAUCUCCAGCAAGGAGAAUGCAAACUCCCAACCCAAUGAUGACGACGCCUCCUCAGAUGCAUACUGCUUUGAGUUGCUGUCCAUGGUGUUGGCACUGAGUGGGUCAAAUGUGGGACGACAGUAUCUGGCCCAGCAACUCACCCUGCUGCAGGAUCUCUUCUCCCUGCUCCACACAGCCUCACCUCGCGUCCAGAGACAGGUGACAUCACUCCUCAGACGUGUGCUUCCCGAGGUGACCCCUGUGCGGCUGGCCAGCAUCAUAGGAGUGAAAGCCCUGCCGCCAGCCGACAUCAGUGACAUCAUCCAUUCCACAGAGAAGGGUGACUGGAACAAACUGGGCAUUCUGGACAUGUUCUUGGGCUGUAUUGCGAAGGCACUCACUGUUCAGCUGAAGGCCAAGGGCACCACUAUUGUGGGAACAGCUGGCACGGCUGCUGGCAAAGGAGUAACAACAGUCACUCUGCCCAUGAUCUUCAACUCCAGCUAUAUUCGGCGUGGGGAGAGUCACUGGUGGAUGAAGGGCUCCACUCCUCCUCAGAUUGCUGAGAUCAUCAUUAAGCUGGUCAAAGACAUGGCUGCUGGGCAUCUGUCAGAUGCCUGGUCCAGGGUGACCAAAAAUGCCAUUGCUGAAACCAUCAUCGCUCUCACUAAGAUGGAAGAGGAGCACCGCUCACCUGUGCGCUGCAUUGCCACCACCCGGCUCUGGUUAGCUCUGGCCUCUCUCUGUGUGCUGGAUCAGGACCAUGUUGACCGACUGUCCUCAGGCCGCUGGAUGGGCAAGGAUGGGCAGCAGAAACAGAUGCCUAUGUGUGAUAACCACGACGACGGCGAGACCGCAGCCAUCAUCCUGUGUAACAUGUGUGGAAAUCUCUGUACAGACUGCGACCGUUUCCUCCAUCUGCACCGGCGCACUCGUUCUCACCAGAGACAGGUCUUCAAGGAGGAGGAAGAGGCCAUUAAGGUAGACCUGCAUGAAGGCUGUGGAAGAACCAAGCUGUUUUGGCUCAUGGCGCUGGCUGAUUCCAAAACCAUGAAAGCUAUGGUGGAGUUCCGAGAACAUACAGGUAAACCGGCGUCCAGCAGCUCAGACGCCUGCCGGUUCUGUGGCACCAGGAAUGGCACAGAGCUCUCUGCAGUAGGCAGUGUGUGCUCAGACCCUGAUUGUCAGGAGUACGCGAAGCUGGCCUGUAGUAAGACCCAUGCCUGCGGCCAUCCCUGCGGCGGCGUGAAGAACGAGGAGAUAUGUCUGCCCUGCCUACAUGGCUGUGACAAGAACACCGGCUGUCUGAAGCAGGACGCUGAUGACAUGUGUAUGAUCUGCUUCACUGAGGCUCUGUCUGCUGCCCCUGCUGUGCAGUUGGACUGCAGCCACGUGUUCCACCUUCAGUGCACACGCAGGGUCCUAGAGAACCGCUGGCUUGGGCCCAGGAUAACCUUUGGGUUUAUGUCCUGCCCCAUUUGUAAGAACAAAAUUAACCAUUCGGUGAUAAAAGAUCUACUCGAUCCCAUCAAAGAGCUAUAUGAAGAUGUUAGGAGAAAAGCUCUAAUGAGACUUGAGUAUGAAGGUCUGCAUAAGAGUGAGGCCAUAACAACUCCUGGAGCUCGUUUCCACAACGACCCAGCUGGAUUCGCCAUGAAUAGAUAUGCGUACUAUGUCUGCUACAAGUGCAAGAAGGCUUACUUUGGCGGAGAGGCUCGCUGUGAUGCGGAGGCAGGACAAGGGGACGACUAUGAUCCCAGUGAACUUAUUUGUGGAGCAUGCUCAGAUGUGUCCAGAGCUCAGAUGUGCUCUAAACACGGGACUGAUUUCCUGGAGUAUAAAUGCCGUUACUGCUGCUCAGUGGCUGUUUUCUUCUGCUUCGGGACCACACACUUCUGCAACGCCUGUCAUGAUGACUUUCAGAGGAUGACCAGUGUCCCUAAAGAGGAGCUGCCUCAUUGCCCUGCUGGUCCUAAAGGUAAACAGCUGGAGGGGAGUGAAUGUCCCCUGCAUGUGGUGCACCCUCCCACUGGAGAGGAAUUUGCCUUGGGCUGUGGGGUGUGCAGAAAUGCCCAUACAUUCUGAACGGCAGGAUCUUGUCAGAGUCCCUAUCUGAAUUCCCAUUCAUCCACUCCGCUGUGACUGCAGACUACUGCUUUAGCCCAGUCUGAGCAUGGGCUCACCGGAAACAUCCGGCUCUUCAGAAGAGGUGAAAGGUCUCUGUGCACCAGAGUCCAGCUUCUGUCUGGAUUCUGAGGAAAACCCAGAAAAAAAAAAAAAAGAAAACAAACAAAAAAAACCUUUGUGACGUGUUUGCAUGCGGCCGUCGUAACCCUCGGCUCCCAUAAACAAUGCGCACCUCCCAAAAAUCACUGAAAGUGUAUCAAAUGUAUUGAAGAUUAAAUUUGAGUUAAAGUAAACUACUCAUGACAGCUGUGGAUGAACUUGGUGUAAAAAAGUAAAAUCCCAUGAGAAGUCAUAUUUCCAGCUUCCUAAAAUUGAAUUUAAAUGAUAUUGUUGUAUGUAAACUGACUUUUUUUUUUUUUCGUAAUCUUGUACAGUAUUCUCCACUGUAGAGCGCAUCAUGGUUUGACGGAAAGUGAAAAAAAAAAUACAUUCUUCUGAGGUUAUCUAAAAGAACCGUUAAGAAUGUUAUGUCUGAGAGGAAAAUAGUGUACGAUUUAUCUAAUCUUGUAUAUAAUGAUAGUAUCCAAAAUAGGUGUAUUCCAACGUUGCUACUCAACACUUCAGUUUUGUUUGAUAUUCUGGGUUAUGUUUUGAGCCAGAUCUUUUAAUGAAGUGCAAUACUGGGUGUGCCUCCUUAUCUUGCAGCUGUAAACAUAUGGAAUGUAUGUCAAUAAAGCCACUGUACAUUUUUAUACAGUGAUAAAUGCUGUUGUUUUCCCCCCUGGCAAAAUGUUACACCAUCUUUGUGCUUAGAAGAUGUCUGAAGGUUGAUGUGAAUCCCUUUUCAGCUCCACACUGGAAUAAUGUGGUACAAACCCCAUUUUGUCUUUUUAAAAACAUUAAAGGUGAGUAUGUUAUACCCCUGUAAUGUAAGGACUGAACACAUAAAUACUUUGAGGCCAGCCCUCGCACCAAAAAAAAAAAAAGAUCAAAAAGAAACUUAAAAUGAGAAUCAGUGAUGAUCCUCUUUUAGGAGGUUUGGGAAUAUGGGAGGGGGUUGGGAUAAGGGUAUGAGAAACAGCUGCUCUAAUAGAACAAAAUGUAAGUACGUGUGAACCUGCUCUGUAAUAUCUGUGGUGGAUGAAGUUGAAAUGGUAAUAAACCAGGUUCU